CCUUGUGUACCUCACACACUCGCAGCCUCUGCGCAUCAUUUAAGGGGAGCUCGGCUGUCGCUUUUUCUCACCGCCUGGCUGACUCAUAUUAACAGCACCGCUUCAACGAUACCAUUAUACCACUUUCGUUUUCUCCCACUGCCUCUGAAGCCAACCGUUCAACUUAAACCGGCUCACACCACCGUUAUAUGGAAAAUACGGGUCGGCCAGGCGCAUUUAUUCUCUCCUACCCGAGAGGAAGCGCACGGAGGAAAACGUAUGAGGACUGACGGAAAACAGCCGUGAUUCAUGGAUGUACCGCGCAUCAUAAGAGUGCUACAACUACCAACAAGGGAGGAACUGGCAUGGACCGCUGCAUCUAAAUGAAGUGGUUCAGCCAUGCAAUGUUCCUGGAAGGCAGUGAUUCUACUGGCCUUGGCCUCCAUUGCCAUCCAGUACACGGCCAUCCGGACCCUCACCUCCAAGCCUUUCCAGUUGUGCCCAUUGCCCAGCCCCCAGAACUGUGGUCUGGGGGGCCAGGAGACAGAACCUCCCUUUGAGCGAGUUGCAGGGUGCGAGGACUACCCUUACUUUCCCAUCAAUGCCACACGUAAAACCCACAUCCUGGUCCUGGCCACCACCCGUAGCGGAUCCUCCUUUGUAGGCCAGCUGCUCAACCAGCACCAAGAGGUAUUCUACCUGUUUGAGCCUCUUUAUCAUGUUCAGACCACACUGAUUCCACGUUUGUCACACAGCCGCAAUUCCGCAGACCGGCGUGUGAUGCUGGGCGCCAGUCGAGAUCUCCUGCGUAGCCUGUACGGUUGUGACCUCUAUUUCCUGGAGAGCUAUAUCAAACCAACGCCCACAAACCACACCACAGACAAACUGUUCCGUCGAGGUGCAAGCCGUGCGCUGUGCCAGCAACCUGUCUGUGAUGCCUUUGGUCCUGCUGAUGUGAAUGUGGAAGAAGGGGACUGUGUUAAGAAAUGCGCUGCUCUAAACAUGACUUUAGCAACAGACUCAUGCCGUGAAAAGCGGCACGUGGCAAUUAAAAUUGUUCGGGUGCCAGAAAUUGGAGAUUUAAGAGCUUUGGUAGAGGACCCAAGGCUGAAUAUAAAAGUGAUUCAACUGGUCAGAGACCCGCGUGGUAUCCUGUCAUCACGGAUUGAGACAUUCAGGGAUACAUAUCGGCUUUGGCGUAUUUGGAGGGCCACGGGGCGACGGCCAUAUAAUCUAGACUUGAGCCAGCUUACAGUUGUCUGUGAAGACUUUCUCAGUUCAGUUUCAACCGGUCUCAGUCAUCCCUAUUGGCUCAAAGGGAAAUACAUGUUGGUUCGCUAUGAGGAUUUGGCCAGAAACCCACUUCUCAAGACAAAGGAGAUCUAUGACUAUCUGGGGCUGCCUAUGGAUAAAAAUGUGGAAGACUGGAUACAUGCAAACACCCGUGGCAGCAACGAGCCCUCAGCGAAACAUAAGUUUGGUACAGUGAGGGACUCAGCUGCUAAUGCAGAGAGCUGGCGGUUGAAACUGUCUUAUGACAUGGUAGAAUACACACAGACUGUGUGUCAGAAAGUGCUUCACCAGCUGGGAUACAAGGCUGUCAGAUCAGUACAAGAACUGAAAAACAUGUCACUCUCACUGGUACAGGACAAAACUUUUGUAACUUUUUUGUAACAAAGAUAGUUCUCUACGACUAUUUUUGAUAUAUUUAUAAUUGUUGCCUUAUCAUUUCUUUAGUUUGUUGGUGUUGUUUCUGUAAUUUUGUCUUAUCAAAUUUGCACUAAACUUUAAAGAUUAUGAAUGCACCGAGGGGAACUACGGAUGAUUCCCCGAUGCUUCAGAACAGCACACACUUUCUACUCGAACAAAUCAGACAAGCUAGUUCACAAAUGUGUCAUAAUUAGUUUUAGCUCAUGAAUAGAACCAAGAUAAGGCACUGUAUUUGUUAUUUCCUGUAUGCAAGAUGUUGAUUCAAUGAAAGUAAAAUGUUGCCCUUCAAAAACACGAGAUUGGAGUUUUGACGGGUUGUGGUAAAGCAGAGUUGUUUUUUUGUUUUUUUCAAAAUACUGUACAAGCCCUAGUGUGCAAUAAAUAGUGAAUGUCGCAGUCAACCUUUACCACUAUGGCUUUUCUAUCCAUGUUGGAAGAGAGGGCACUUCUGACAGAUUACGUUUGCAAUGCCUUAUUGCAGACCAUUUACAGGCUCUUAACUUAAAGGGACAAGGGAAAAAUGAUUCAUUUCCUUAGAGAAUACUUUACAUUUGUCAAGAUAUUUACAACACGGAUGUAGUUGUAAUUUUGGUCUUAAUUCAAGUAGUGUUUGUCAGUUUUAUUUAUUACUUUAUUUAUAUUUUAACUUGCCAGUCCAUUUAUUCUUCAUCGAUCACAGUGUGAAAUCUACGUGGCCUUUUCUGUCUUUAAUUAAAAAUGUUUAUGCUACUGUCGUCCAUUGAUGGUGAGACAUUCACUUAUCAGUUAAACGCUAAAGGAUUUCCUUGGUUUUAUGUCACCUUGAUCAAAAGGAAAGGUAUAAAAAGUGGAAACAUCUCAGAUUAAAAAUAGUGUAUGCCUUCGCUCUUAAGUUAAAAAUCAUAUCCCUUUUAAAAAAUCAUGUUGGGUCUAUGUUUAUCCCCAUGAAAGAUUCAUAACUGAGUAAGAUACUCUUUGUAGAACAGGUUACAGUGCAGAUUCUCAUGUGUUACCCGAGGACGAGUGGAUAGUUUACACUGUACCACACUAUCACAUUCACACUACAGUUAUAGAUUACAUAUAAAAGAGCAUUACAAUUAUCCCUGUCUAUAACCUAGAACAAGUCCUCUGAUUAUUAACAGCUAUUUUAACUA